AUGUCUACUGCCGUUCCCCAAACUAACGGUCAUGCCGAUACCUCCAUCCCAUCAACUACUCCUGCCAGUGGAUCUGCUCAAACCUCCAAAAUUCAGCCAAAUGACGUUGGGUGGCAAUUCGUCCCCCAAUACUAUAACUUCGUAAACAAACAACCUCAUCGACUUCAUUGUUUCUACAAUAAGCGAUCAACAUUCAUUCACGGUGAAGAGGGAGAGGAAUCUCAAGUCGCUCUUGGUCAACAGGAAAUCCACGACCGAAUUGUUGCUAUCGGAUACAACGAAUGCAAAGUUUACAUUCACUCUAUCGAUUCUCAAUCAUCUGCCAACGGCGGUAUCAUCAUUCUUGUCAUCGGUGAAAUGUCGAAUAACCAUCAAUCAUGGCGAAAAUUCACCCAAACCUUCUUCCUUGCCGAGCAACCUAACGGUUACUUCGUCUUGAACGAUAUCUUCCGAUAUCUCAAAGAAGACGUUGACGAGGAUGAAAUCGCUGAGGAAGAACCCGAUACCCCUGCUCCAGUUGCUGAAUCGACGCCAGCUCCUGAGGUUGCACCAGUGGAAGAGGAAAUCGAGACCAAGGAGGUCGAGCGGGUAACCCAAGAACCCGCUUCAGCUCCUGAACCUGAACCCGAGCCUGUCUCAGCUCCUGCCGAAAUUAAAGAAGAUGCUGUACCAGAAGAAGCUGCCGUUGCCGCUGUGCCAGACAAGGAUGUGGCUCCUUCUGAAUCUGCUCCCUCUGUCGAAGAACCUACAACUUCCGCCCCACCCCCAGCCGAAGAGACCCCUGCGCCCAGCCCUGCUUCUGCGGCUGCCAAACCCGCUGCUUCUCCCACACCUGCACCCGCUGCACCAUCUCCUGCUCCAGCCGCUGCUCCCCCUGCCGCUCCUGCUCAACCUGCUGCUCCCCCCAAACCCAAGACUUGGGCAUCUCUUGCGGCAUCAGGAGGCAAAGCUUGGUCUUCCGCCGUGGUCUCCAACCAAACCGCUGUUUCUACUCCCGCAGCUGUCCCCGCUUCUGCCGCUAAGAAGGAAGAGACACCUGCUGCUACUGCUGCCCCUGCCGCAUCCGGCUCGGCUGACGGUAAAUCACAAACAUUCAAUAACACAUCGCGAGUCAACACGGCUCAUUGUUUCGUAAAACUUCCCAACUGGUCACCUGAUAACAACCACAGCGCUGGUGAAGCAAUGACCGAAAACGAUCUCAAAAACGUUGCUGCUAGAUUCGGCGAAGUCAAGAAAAUCGAAAUUGUCAAAGACAAGGCAUGCGCAUUUGUUGAGUUUGUCAAGGUCGAAUCCGCCAGGAAAGCGAUCGCUGCUUCCUUGCCUGUCGCUCAAGGUGGUGAAGACGGAGUUAAAUUCGAAGGUGGUAAAUUAAACUUUGAGACUCGAAAAGAAAAAGACGAGAGGCGAACCAAAGCUGGUGGUCAAGGUCAAGGUCAAGGUCAAGGUCGACCUGGACAACAACAAAGUGGAGGUGGAAGACCUAGAGUUGGUUCCCAGCAGGCAAAUGGAGAGAGAAACCAACAAGGUGGUAACAGAGGCGCACGGGGCCCGAGGGGAAGAGGCGGACAAGGUAAUCAAGGUGACAGAGCUCCUCAAAGCGGUGCAAAGUAA